AUGCCGAAGAAGGCCGGGAGGCAUGCGGUGCACGCGCGUGAGUCCACGCUGCAACAUCAGCAACAGCCGGCGACCGGGCCGAAGGAAAAAACCAUCAAGGGUCUCCGGAGUGUGCACAUCGGGCCCCGGCACGGACGACGCUGGCUCUCCCUCAAGAAGAGGCUUGGUCUGCACACGGACGACGAUCUCGUUCUUUACCUGCUCAACCUUGCCGACUCGAUUGACACUCGGAGAGAUGACGAGUGCCAUGAAGAUGAAGAGCCUUGGAAGCCGGGGAACGAUAAAAAAAUUAAAGCCCUUAAUAGCGAAGAGGCUGCAAGCCCGGUGGUGGAGGACAUGCAGGAGUUGCCAAGGCGCAGUCUGAGGAAGCUUACUGCUGCCUCCGAGGAGUCAAUAAAAAGUGAAAAGGCUGACAAGCCGGAAAAAGUGGCAAAUUUCACGAGUAGUUUGGAAAAACAGGAUAGCAAGUUGUAUUUAAAACCAGGCUCUAAGACCAGUAAGACAAAGCGCCAUAAAAGCAAAGGAAGACAUCACAAAGAAAAGCGAAAGAAAAAGAAACAUCAAAAGAUCAAAGAGUUGGCUCUGAAUAACAAGGUGUCUAACGACGUUUUGUGGGAAUUUGAGUCAAGUUCUGAGACUGAAAAGUGUUCAACUGAUGUGCAGGAUAAUUUCGUUUCACAGACAAUCACUCAAUCACCUGUAGAUUCCAAUUCUGAAGAUACUGCUAAAUUUUUAGAAUUGGACAGAUCGUGCAAGAAAAAAGACAAAGAAGCUUGUCCAGAUGUCAGUGAGCUUACAUCUGGUGAUCAUAAUUUCAAUGAAAUUUGUGAUCAAGAACAAGAAAACAUUAACAAGGUACAAAAUUGCACAAAUAAACAAGCUGAAGAUGUUGAAAAUAACUCGGAUGAAUCAGAUAAAACGUUAUUAAUCUCGUUGAAGUCAAAUGAGGAUUUGUUUGCGCAUCCUGCAAAAAGUUCAUCAAAAGAGGUGGAUGACAAAAACGAAAAGCCCGCGGAACACGAAAAUUCAAACAAAAAGCAUAAACGUUCUAAACAUGGAUCCGUGGAGACUUGCAGCGUGAUGGUGGAAUUAGAUAGAAGUUAUUGUGACGAAUUAAUAACAUCGCUGCACAAACGUGAUAAGAAAAAACACAAGGACCACCAAAAUAAGAAACACCGUGAUGUGAGAAAAGCUCCUCAAGAUGGGAUUGUGAGCACGGAUCAAAAUCAAGACAUUGCACACUCCAAUGAUUCUAACCCAGCAACUGUCACUACUGUACCUGAUAAUAGUAUUUCUGAAGCACUACCAGAUGAAAACGCUGGCUCGGAUCCUCCAAGAUUAGCUAUUAAAAUAAAAAUGUGCCAAGAAUGUAAUUGCAGGCAUUUACAAGAUGCUUGUCCCUUGAUGGAACCUCAAUACAUCAUUAAUGAUUCCAUAAGUCUGGAUCAGUGGGAAAAAAAACACAAGAGCAACUCUGAAGCCAUGAAAGGCUACAACUCCAGUGAUCCAAUGUCCCAAGGCUAUGAUAAAUAUUUGGAUGAUGGCUUUGAGUCAGAUGAAGAUGCACCAGAGCAAUACAAAUCAAAAGCAAAAUCAGAAUUUGAAGAGAAACAAGAAGUUAUUGGCACUAAUAGGCCGCUCUAUUCAAGAGAAUCCUUGCCUGAUUGCUUAGAGCUCAAGUCAACAAACACAGAUCACGGUCUAGGUGUGUUUGUAAAAAGUAGUAUACCUAUGUAUGCACAAUUAGGUCCUUUAGUGGGUAAGCUUAUUCAAGAAAUGGAUAUACCAGAUGAUUGUUCAAUGAGACACAUCUAUGAGGUAGAUGUCAACAAUAAAACGUCAUACAUUAGUACCACAAAUCCAUUAGCUAGCAAUUGGAUACGUUAUGUUAGACCCUCCGAAAAUAAAGAAGAUAGAAACGUAGUUGUGGUCCAAAGAAAUGGAGAACUCUUUUUAGUAACAACUAAAAGCUUGAAUACCGGCACAGAAUUGAUGUAUUGGUCAGAUUCGAAUACAACAAAUUGGGCUAGAAAAAACAAGAUGGAUAAAACAAAUUGCGGAGGAUGUAAUUUAAAUUUUACUCAUCCAAUUUACUAUCGACUUCAUUGCUGCAUAUUUCACGAUAUGAAUUUUAGUCUUACCAUAAGGAAAUAUCACUGUAAAGUAUGUGGACAGGCUGUUUUAGGGAAAGAGAAUAUUAUGAAGCACGCAGCUCAACUUCAUGAAGGACAGGGUGCAUAUCAGUGUCAAUAUUGUAAAAAAUUCUUUUUAAGGCUAAAUUAUCUAGAAAUGCAUAGAACAUACGGUUGUUCCCAAAACCCUCAGAGAUCUAGACCUUUGUGUGAUUUUUGUGGUCGCAAAUUUUGUCAACCACAAAAGCUCAAAGUACACAUCAAAAGGAUGCAUAGUGAUAUGUCAGAAGUAUUACGAGAAUUCCAGUGUAAGUUAUGUUUAAAACUUCUUGGUUCCCGUGCUGCUUUACAGCGACACAUGAAAGAGGUCCAUCAAAAAGAUGUUGUUGGAGCAGCUACUUGCGACCGUUGCGGAAAAAUGUUUCAAAACAAAAGUAAUUUAAAAAUUCACAUGUUGACCCACAGUGGAGUCAAGCCUUUCAAAUGUAAAGAAAAUAGUUGUAGAGCUGCCUUCACGACAAAACAGUGCCUACAGUUUCAUUAUAAAAAAGUGCAUGGACUUAGUGAAGACUUGAUGCCAAAAAUCGAACGAUCGGUAGCUUAUACUUUCGAUGCUUACAGUGGAGGUUUAGCAGAAGAUUCUGGCAGAGGGAAAACGCCAAAAUUCAAUAAAUCAAGUUCACAGGAAAACAGUGAUAGUUUAGCAUCGUUUGACGAUGGUAGCAAUGAAAAUAAUAACGCGCCAUCCACUGCUGAAUUGCCGUGUAACAGUAAUAGCGAUUCAAAUAACGAGUUUAGACCUAGUGAGGAGCCAAGUGAACCUAUACCAACAGUGAAUGAGCCUUCUACGGAGUCACCGACAGAAGAGAAUACCGAAUCGGAUGUCGAUCUCAUGUCGAUAUCUUACAGAUCGCGAACUCCAAACAAAAAUGACAAAAAGUGGAUCGGUGAAUUCGACCCUACUCCGAUGGCACAACCGCCUCCCCCGCCGCCAGCUAAUGUUACUCCGACCGACAUUUACGAUUUCCAAGAUAAUAGAAGCGAUGAGGAUAAAAUUCAGGAUCAGCCGCAACAGCAGCUGAGUCAAAAUUUGAUUGAAGAAACUAAGCUUGGUUUAAGCCUGUACCGAAGAACGGACAGUUCGAACGCUAGUCUACUUGUUGAGGCUGCACUCGACGCUGCCGAGCGUGAAAUCGGAGUCGUGUCCAGUCCCAUUUUGGAAGACAACGAUCGCGAUACAAACCUCUACUCCCUUUCAAACGAGCUUGACUUCAAAACCGCCUGUUCGCAAGCUCAAGUCGUUCACAGGUCGCCAGAUACAGGUGUCCACUUGGAUUCCUACAUGCAAGACGAGCUAGCCGCAUCCCCAACAGUUAAUCAGCACAUCAGGCAUACGCCACCAAACCACAUGCACUUGGACUUUCAUCUGCACAGGCCUGUUGACUACGUCAGUACGGCGGGACGAACGCACAGUAUCGAGCAAUAUAUUGACCAACAGGACCUCCAGCGGGUCAUUCACGUAUCCCAAGAGGUCCCGACGUCGCCCCAGCGUUAUCCUGAAAUUUCUCAUCCUCUCAGUCACCCGCACCUUCAUCCGGCAUCCCUUCACCAUCACCAACAUCACCAGGUACCAAGCGAAGCACUUUCCGAUUCCGAGGGUGAUUCCGUUGCACAGAAUUUAAGUCUUUCCAUGAAGGAGAAGAGUCUGCAGCAGCUCGAUCUGUCCAAGUAUGACGGGCUGGAGAGCGAAUUCAGCUUAGCCAAUCGGGACAGAAUGAGGUUCGAGCCUCUCAUAGUGCAAUCCACGACCGAUCAGGGUCUCGACAUGUCGGCCAGGGGUUUUCAGCAGACUUUUGGAUCCCAGGUACAAAACCAUCACCACCAUCAUCACCAUCUUUACGAGAUGAGCGAGCGCGAGCGUCAGGGCGUCGAUCUCAGUAGAACAGCGACCUGCAUGUCUCCGCCCUCCUAUCCACCGCCCUAUCCUUCCUACUCGCACGUGGAAGUGCCACGGGUCGUCAGCUUAGAGCCAACCCCGAGGUCUCACCACUUGCAUACCUCCGUCUCCCGUAUAAUUGCCAGUCCCCAGCCAGCGAGCUCAUUAACUUCUCAUCUCGUUCCUGAAAGCUUGGAGAGUCGCAUUUUGUCCUCGCCACCACCUUCGAUGCCGACUUACAACACGAGCUACUCGGUAGGUCCAGCACCUUAUACUUCCAGAUCGGGAUAUCACUAUUCCGGCUAUUAUUGAGCGUU